AAGGAUGAGAAGAGCUCCAAAGAGAUAGAGAUGCAGAUGAAAAAACUGCAGAAAAUCCAGGAUUCCAUUGCUAUCCUGCGGGGUAAAAUCUCGGCGCAUACUCGUGAGAAUGAGGAACAAAACCAACGUAUUCGUGACAACAAAGACCUGGUCCACAGGCAGCUUCAGAAACUUAAACAACAAAUGAUUAAAGCCCAAGAGGCUCGGCACAAUCUGGCCAAACUGACAUGGGAGAGUAACAUUGCCCUCAAAGCCCUGAAAAAAAUUGUUGAGAAGGGAAAUCUCAUCCUCAAACUUGCUGAAAUAUGUCGGAAGUUUGAGACAGAGGAAGAGAAAGUCCUACCCUUCUAUUCCUCAAUGUUGACACCAGAAGAACUGCUGCAAGUGGGACACAAUGAUCAUGAAGAGCCUACGAUAGAACUGGCUAAGUUGAUGGAGAAUUACACAGGCUUGGAGAAUUUCUGGAAAAGGUAUAACAAGGUAAAAUUGGAACAAUUAAGCCUACAGCGAAAACGGGCCCAACUGCUGGAAACCAAUAAGAAGCUGAAGCAUAUGCUCAAGCAGUACCUGGACGGUAUCUCAGUGAAUGAUGAAGUGCUGAGCCAGCUCAACCCACUCCUUAUCAUCAACCAAUGUAGCAACAUCCCCUUACCAGCAACAGACCACUCACAAAAGCAACCUAUCCAUAACAUCACUGAAGCUGCCCAUGUGGUAUCUCGUAUACUGUGACACCUUGUCAAUGAUGUCCAAAGGGAACCAGCCUCUCCCUAACCCCCAGACACUUUCCCUUAGUCAAUAGAAGCUUGAUAUGAAAGGUUUCCACGAA